CUCCCGUUGUCAGCGAUGAAGGCGCUGUAUUACCAUGCCCCCCGGCAACUCGAGGUCAAAGAAGUCCCCAUCCCGGAUAUCGGCCCUGAAGAUGUGUUAUUGAAAGGUAUCGUCGUUAUAGAUAAAGCGGUGGACACCGCAGGCGUUUGCGGAACAGAUGGCCACAUUCACGACGGGGAGUUCAUAGCCAAGUUUCCUCUUAUCCCCGGCCACGAAAUCUACGGUAUCGUCGACAAAGUCGGCCGAGAUGUAACGGAAUUCGUCGUGGGCGACAAGUGCGUCGCCGACAACGCGACCACCUGCGACAAAUGCUUCUAUUGCAGGCGCGGCCAGUUCCUGCUCUGCCAGAACUUCGACGGUAGAGGCGUCACCUCCCAUGGAGGCUUCGCCGAAUACGUCGAUUUGCAACGCCUGUACAAGGUCAACAACCUCUCUCCCGAGGAAGCCGUUCUGGUUGAACCCCUGGCAUGCGCUGUGCACGGCAUGGACCGGCUUCAGGCGCCUGUUGGCGCCGAAGUCCUCCUCAUCGGCGCUGGGCCAACGGGCCUCCUUCUCGCACAGCUCUUACGUCUGAACGGCGCGACCAAGGUCACCAUCGCGGCCAACGAAGGGCCCAAGACGGAGCUGGCGAAAUCGCUCGACUGCGCGGACACGUACGUCGAGCUCGACCGCGCUGACCCCGAUGCGCAGUGGGCGCAGCUCAAGAAGGACCACCCGUACGGGUUCGACAUCGUCGUCGAAGCCACGGGUUCGGAGAAGGUCGCUGACCAGGCCAUCAACUACGUCCGACGGGGCGGGACCCUGCUCGUGUACGGCGUGUACGAGAACAAGGCGCGCGUGCACUGGCCACCUUCCAAGAUCUUCGGGGACGAAAUCAAGAUCAUCGGAUCCUUCGCGCAGGUCCAUUGCUUUCCUCGAGCGGUAGCGUAUCUCGAUGGGGGCAAGAUCAACGUCAAGGGCAUGGUGACCGACGUCUUCAAGCUCGAAGAAUACGAGAAAGCGCUGGAGAAGAUGAACAGCCGCACGGCUGUCAAGAUCGCAAUCAAGCCUUAA